AUGCCUUCCAUCCGCAACACUCUUCUCUGCCUAAUGGCCACCUCCACAGCUGUCUACGCCGAGCACUUGAAGGUCGUCUGGUCCUCUGGCGACUUCUCAACCAUCUCCGGUCCCUCUGGCGGCAACACAAACGGCCACUACUCCGGCUUCGCUAUCAUCAACGACGCGGGCGAAGCUAUCUACGACCAGGGCUUCCCUGAUGACCACUCGCCUUGCUACAACACUGGUGAUGGUCGCGAAUUUACGAUCGAGGGUGACUGCUGGAGUACCCCUCGUAAGUUCAAGUGCAAAUCCGACUUCGGUGGCCACCCUGAUACCUGUGAGGUAAAAGAUGGUGAUGGAAACAGCUUGGGUACUGGUCAUGGAGAGACGGAUACUACUUUCAUCGGUAUUUCUAUCGGCCAGGAUGCUAGCUGUGUUGUGGAGUUUGAUUCUGAUAGUGACGGUUGUCCUGUCGAUGAUGGCAAUGGGCCUCUUCAUGUUACCUCGGGAUAA